CCGGCUCCUCCCGCCUGCAGCCGCAGUGACAGGCGAGCCGGGCCCGGUGGCGGAAAGAAAGUGCGGGGCCGCCGCGCCGAGCCUGUCCCCGCCGAGGCCGGCUUCCCCGGGCGGCUCGGGUGACAGUGUCGCGGCCGCCGGGCGCAGGGCGGGGCACGCGCCGGGCACAGCCGAGCGGCAGGCGGACGCUUCAGAGAGACGUGGGGAAAAUGGCUGAUGACUUUGGCUUCUUCUCGUCGACGGAGAGCGGGGCCCCCGAGGCGCCCGAGGAGGACCCGGCGGCUGCCUUCCUGGCCCAGCAGGAGAGUGAAAUCGCGGGCAUAGAGAAUGACGAGGGCUUCGGGGCACCUGCUGGCAGCCAGGCGGCCCUCACGCAGCCGGGACCCGCGAAUGGGGCGGGUUCUGAGGACAUGGGGACCACAGUCAAUGGAGAUGUGUAUCAGGAGGCUAACGGUCCAGCUGAUGGCUAUGCUGCAAUUGCCCAGGUCGACAGGCUGACGCAGGAACCCGAGAGCAUCCGCAAAUGGAGAGAGGAGCAGCGGAAACGGCUGCAAGAGCUGGAUGCUGCCUCCAAAGUGAUGGAACAGGAGUGGCGGGAGAAGGCCAAGAAGGACCUGGAGGAAUGGAACCAGCGCCAGAGUGAACAAGUUGAGAAGAACAAGAUCAACAACCGGGCAUCUGAGGAGGCUUUUGUGAAGGAAUCCAAGGAGGAGACCCCAGGCACAGAGUGGGAGAAGGUGGCCCAGCUGUGUGACUUCAACCCCAAGAGCAGCAAGCAGUGCAAAGACGUGUCCCGCCUGCGCUCGGUGCUCAUGUCCCUGAAGCAGACGCCGCUGUCCCGCUAGGAGCCUGCCACCAACAUGGCCGCCAUACAGGGGUCGGGCCGGGCAGAGGAGGAGCAGCUGCUUUGGCCAGGGGGGAAAUGCCUCCAGCAGCUGCUACUCAGCCUAUUCCGUUCCUCGCCAUCUCCCGGGGCCGGGAAGGGGAACCCUCACCCCUCUCAACUGUCAUUCCCUCACGGCCCUACGGCCCAGCCCCUCACAUCUCCUCUCAGUCCACAAAAUUGUGACUGUCCCUCCUGAUGUAUUUUUUUUUCUUGGCUUAAAGGGUGUGUUGUUAACUCUU